GCGGAGCCGGCGCGGCGGUGCCAUGCUGUUCCGCUGCGCGUUGGCGCUGCGGGUGCUGUCGGUAUGGAGAUCCGCGCCCGGCCGAGAGCCGGCUUUCUCCACGAGUUGCGCGGCGUGCUCAAAGAACAGGCGGCUGAGGCAAAAAAGAGUCAUUUCGGAAAAGAAAUUGACCCGCUAUUUUGUGGAUCACCGGAGAGUGCGUGUGGUUGGGGGACAAGGAGGAGGAGGAGGUCAAUCUUUUUAUAGCGAACCUAGAAAAAUAUUUGGAGGUCCUGACGGUGGAAAUGGAGGUGAUGGAGGGCAUGUCAUUUUAAAAGCUGACCAGCAAACGAAAUCACUUUCUUCAGUCCUCCCUUUCUAUCAGGGUAUUCAUGGAGAGAGAGGAGGAAGCAAAAACUGUUACGGAGCCAAUGGAGCGUGCAUUUAUGUUAAAGUGCCUGUAGGUACGUUGGUAAAGGAGGAUGGAGUAGUUGUGGCUGACCUCACUCAACAUGGUGAAGAGUAUGUUGCAGCUUAUGGAGGAGCUGGAGGGAAAGGUAAUCGCUUUUUUCUUUCCAACGAAAAACGAGCUCCAACAUUUUUUACUCCGGGAGAGCCAGGUCAGGAGAGGGUCCUCCAUCUGGAACUCAAGACAACAGCUCAUGCAGGAUUGGUGGGCUUUCCCAACACUGGGAAGUCGUCGCUCUUGAGAGCGCUGUCCAACGCGAAGCCGGCAGUGGCUGCCUACCCGUUCACAACUCUGAACCCCCACGUCGGCAUCGUCCGCUAUGAAGACUAUGAACAAGUAGCAGUUGCUGACAUUCCUGGCCUAAUAAGAGGUGCUCAUCAGAACAGGGGCCUCGGGAUGGCCUUCCUAAGGCAUAUUGAACGAUGCUGCUUUCUUCUAUACGUGGUGGAUCUCUCUGUGUCUCAGCCGUGGAUUCAGCUGCAAGACUUAAAAUAUGAACUUGAACAAUACAAAAAAGGAUUGUCUACAAGGCCUUGUGUUGUCAUUGGGAAUAAAAUUGACCUUGCUGAGUCUAGGAUUCAUCUACCACUCCUUAAAGAACAGAUAAAUGACAGAGUCAUUGCAUUGUCAGCAUUGACAGGAGACAACCUAGAGGAACUGUUAGUGCAUUUGAGAGAGCUGUAUGACACUUACGUGAAGAUGGAACAAGCACAGGGGCAGAGCCCAGUCAAGUGGUAGGAAACAGAGCUACUACAAACUGCUGGAAGGAAGAAAAAUCAUAAUUUGAUUAGAUAACAUUUGCAUGUGUUGUUUUUUUGUUGUUUCUUUAUUUUGAAUGUAUUGCACACAGCCUGUGAGUUUGGUCUGGGCUGCUUCCAGUGGAAAAUUUCAAUUCACCUUUGAGGUGUCUUAGAUGUCAUAAAAUAAAUGCAAUGCUUUGCUUUUAUGGUGGAAA